GUAUCGGAGCAGCGUACCACGCUCAGCAAGAUCUGUCCGCUGCUAUUGGCAGACUACAUCAUCGCCAUCACCACCACUGCCACCGUCGCCACCGCCUCACCCACCACUCCAGCAGCAGCUCUGCUCCAGCAGCUUCAGUCGCCCUUCACCACUGCUAGCUUCGAUCCCAUCAGCCCUGGAGCUGGUGUUGGUCAGCAGAGCAACCAACAGCAGCAGCAGGUUAUCGGAUUGCCCAGCACUGUGGAAGCAGCGUUGGAGCCAGGGGCGUUCGCGCUUAUGGAUGUGUGCGCACCGCACGACCUGCAGUUCCUGCACAUGGCGCUCGGAUCAGGAUGUGUGCGUACUGCACGUCACGGCCUGAAGUUCCUGUGCAUGGCGCUCGGAUCCAGACAGUACCCUCCCUCCUUUCCUCCACUCCUCCCCCCUUCUCCUCCCCUCCACCCUUCCAUUAUCUCCUGCCUUACUUGUACAUCCCAUAGAGUGUUCUCCUCCCUUGCUGUCUUUCCCUUCUUCCUGGCCCCAUGA